AUGCCGCUAGAAAUCUCAUGCUGUGCGGCUCAGGUGGGAUCGCCGAAGAAAGCCCCGUGUCGCAUAUCUAACCGACCGCAGUACCAACCGAAGGCCGUCGUUGGGAGCUAUCCCAACCGCGGGCACGCACGUUCGGCCCACAUCGGAAAGUUGGGCCAAAGGCGGCUCCGAUACCUCCCGCAAAGAGACACACCAGAAAGUUUGGGCGGUAUCGGGGAGGUCGGCUCGACGUUGGCUCCCACGUCAACCCCAUCAAACACAGUACAACAAAUAAAACACCUUAUGAAUUAG